UUCCUACUAUCAGUUUCGGUGGCAGCUUUAUCCUUUGAAAGGUGGCAAUUUAAUCUAUACCUGAAGAAAAAGUAAAAAAAAAAAGGGAAUUUCCUGGCCUUACAUCAUUUUUGAUUACCUCACAGCAAUGUCAUCAAUAAAGCUGUUAAUUUGCUUGAAGCUGAUGAUAACAGUAAUUCAUGCUUUCAGUAGAGCUCCAAUUCCUAUGGCAGUUGUUCGAAGGGAGUUGUCAUGUGAAAGCUACCCCAUAGAAUUGCGUUGUCCAGGAACUGAUGUUAUAAUGAUUGAAAGUGCCAACUAUGGAAGAACAGAUGAUAAAAUCUGUGACUCAGAUCCAGCUCAGAUGGAAAACAUUCGGUGUUAUCUUCCAGAUGCCUACAAAAUAAUGUCACAGAGAUGUAAUAAUCGGACUCAGUGUGCAGUUGUGGCUGGACCAGACGUAUUUCCUGACCCCUGCCCAGGGACUUAUAAAUAUCUAGAAGUUCAGUAUGAAUGUGUUCCUUACAAAGUGGAACAAAGAGUGUUUCUUUGUCCUGGAAUGCUAAAAGGAGUCUAUCAGAGUGAACACUUAUUUGAAUCUGAUCACCAGUCAGGAGCAUGGUGUAAAGAUCCUUUGCAGGCAUCUGAUAAAAUGUAUUAUAUGCCAUGGACUCCAUAUAGAACUGACACCUUAACAGAGUACUCUUCCAAAGAUGACUUCAUUGCUGGACGACCAACUACAACUUACAAGCUUCCUCACAGAGUAGAUGGCACAGGCUUUGUGGUUUAUGAUGGAGCACUGUUUUUUAAUAAGGAACGUACAAGGAAUAUUGUCAAGUUUGACCUUAGGACAAGAAUAAAAAGUGGAGAGGCUAUUAUUGCAAGUGCCAAUUAUCAUGACACCUCUCCUUAUAGAUGGGGUGGUAAAUCAGAUAUUGAUCUUGCGGUUGAUGAAAAUGGACUCUGGGUCAUUUAUGCAACGGAACAAAAUAAUGGGAGGAUAGUGAUUAGUCAACUUAAUCCGUAUACGCUGCGAAUUGAAGGAACUUGGGAUACAGCAUAUGAUAAACGUUCUGCUUCAAAUGCCUUCAUGAUUUGUGGGAUAUUAUAUGUGGUCAAAUCUGUUUAUGAAGAUGAUGAUAAUGAAGCAACUGGGAAUAAAAUUGAUUAUAUAUAUAAUACUGACCAGAAUACUGAUGAUUAUGUUGAUAUAGCAUUCCCAAAUUCAUAUCAGUACAUUGCUGCUGUGGAUUACAAUCCUCGGGACAAUCUACUUUAUGUAUGGAACAAUUAUCAUGUGGUGAAGUAUUCCCUGGAUUUUGGAAUCUUGGACAGCAAGUCAGGUCACAUUUCUUACAAUGUUCCCUCUAAUCAUAUUGAUUCCAAUGUUGAAAGACCCUCAUCUCGAGAACUUUAUCCAACUCGUCAAUAUAAUGCAGUUAGUACAAACGUCUCUUCUACGACUUACCGGAUUACUACUAGCAGCACUGGAAAAACAAUAUCUGUAUCAACACUGUUCAAUCGAAACAUAUCUACGCCUACAUCUCCAACAACUGAAAUUCCUGCUGAAGUCACUACACGGUCCACACCGAUUUCAUCACAGUUGCCUGCAGUUGGCAUAGAAAGUUGUGAGGCUAUGGCAGCACGUGAGAUCAUGUGGUUUAAAACUAGACAAGGACAAACAGCAAAACAGCCAUGUCCUUUGGGCACAGUUGGUGUGGCAACAUAUACGUGCAUUGCUCCAGAUGGAGUAUGGAAUCCACAAGGACCUGAUUUAAGCAACUGCUCAUCUCCUUGGAUCAGUUAUAUCUCACAAAAGCUGAAGUCACUAGAAACAGCUGCAAACAUUGCAAGAGAGCUUUCAGAGCACACAAGAAGUCGUCUGAAUGCAGGAGAUAUUACCUAUUCUGUUCGAGCAAUGGAUCAGCUAGUGGACCUAUUGGAUGUACAGCUAAGGAAUUUGACUCCAGGUGGAAAAGAUAGUGCUGCUCGAAGUUUAAAUAAGCUGCAGAAAAGAGAACGUUCAUGCAGAGCAUAUGUCCAGGCAAUGGUUGAGACUGUUAAUAAUCUUCUACAGCCACAAGCUAAGGAGGCAUGGCAAGACUUAACAGAAAAGGACCAAGUACGAGCAGCCACAAUGCUUCUUGACACAGUAGAAGAAGGAGCAUUUGUAUUAGCUGAUAAUCUCUUAAAAACUGACAUUGUAAGAGAAAACACAGAAAAUAUUCAACUUGAAGUUGCAAGACUAAGCACAGAUGUGAAUUUAGAAGAUCUCCAUUUCCCACAGAAUAUUGGAUAUGGUAGCUCAAUUCAACUUUCUUCGAAUACACUGAGACAAAAUGGACGCAAUGGUGAGAUAAGAGUUGCAUUUGUCCUGUACAAUAACCUGGGGCGCUACCUGUCCACGGAGAAUGCCAGCAUAAAACUGGGAGUUGAAGCUUUGACUACAAAUCAUACAGUUGUUGUUAAUUCUCCUAUCAUUACUGCUGCAGUAUAUAAAGAAUCAACUAGCAAGUUGUAUUUAACUGAACCAGUGAUAUAUACUGUUAAACACAUUAGGGAUUCGGAAGACUUUUUUAACCCUAAUUGUUCUUUCUGGAGCUAUUCAAAGGCCAACCUGUCCGGUCAUUGGUCAACUCAAGGUUGCAGGCUAAUAAUGACCAACAGAACACAUACAAAGUGUUCUUGUAAUCAUUUAACUAACUUUGCUGUGCUCAUGGCUCAUGUUACAAUAAAGCACACUGAUAUGGACCAUGACCUUCUUUUAAAUGUGAUUACCUGGGUUGGAAUCCUGCUUUCUCUCGUUUGUCUCCUGAUUUGUAUUUUUACAUUCUGCUUUUUCCGUGGCCUCCAAAGUGACCGUAACACUAUCCAUAAAAAUCUUUGUAUUAGUUUGUUUGUGGCAGAACUGCUGUUUUUAAUUGGAAUCAAUCGCACUGACCAACCAAUUGCCUGUGCUGUGUUUGCUGCACUUCUCCAUUUUUUCUUCUUGGCUGCAUUUACGUGGAUGUUCCUUGAAGGAGUUCAGCUAUACAUUAUGCUGGUUGAGGUCUUUGAAAGUGAAAAUUCUAAAAGGAAAUAUUUCUAUCUAGUGGGCUAUGGGAUGCCUGCUCUUAUUGUGUCGGUGUCUGCAGCAGUAGAUUAUAAAAGCUAUGGAACAGAUAAAGUGUGCUGGCUUCGACACGAUACUUACUUUAUUUGGAGCUUUAUUGGACCAGCCACACUGAUAAUCAUGCUUAAUGUAAUUUUUCUUGGAAUUGCCCUAUUUAAAAUGUUUCAUCAUGCUGCCAUAAUGAAACCAGACACUGGUUGCCUUGACAAUAUCAGAUCAUGGGUUAUAGGUGCAAUAGCUCUCCUUUGCCUGCUGGGGUUGACGUGGGCUUUUGGACUUAUGUAUAUAAAUGAGAGUACAGUCAUCAUGGCAUACUUGUUCACUGUUUUCAACUGUCUUCAGGGAAUGUUCAUAUUCAUUUUCCACUGCGUACUUCAAAAGAAGGUGCGUAAAGAAUAUGGCAAAUGUUUACAAAGUCAUUGCUGUAGUGGCAAAAGUAUGGAAAACUCAGUUGGUUCAACCAAGACAUCAAAUUCUCAAACAACUGGAAGGUAUUCCACUGGAACACAGAGCCGGAUUCGUAGGAUGUGGAAUGACACAGUGAGAAAGCAAUCAGAGUCUUCCUUCAUUACUGGAGAAAUAAACAGCUCAGCUUCCCUUAACAGAGGAGCCAUGGCUAACCAUCUUAUUACCAAUGCUCUUCUUCGUCCUCGUGGCGCUAACAAUCCCUAUAAUACAUUGCUCGGGGAAUUGGCUGUCUAUAACAACCCUUCUGUAAGCAUAUACAAAUUACAAGAGGGAAUCCUGAACAAUGCCAGAGAUACAAGUGUCAUGGAUACUCUACCACUGAAUGGUAACCAUGUGAACACCUAUAACCUUGCAAGACGGGAAUAUCUUAGUGAUUGUGUAAAAAUAAUUGACCGUGGCUUUAACCACAAGGAAUCUGCCUUAGAAAAAAAGAUUUUGAAGGAGCUCACUUCUGACUGUAUACCUUCCUAUCUGAAUAACCAUGAAGGCUCAUGUGAACAAAGUAGAAAUCUAGUAAACAAGUUGAUCAAUAACAUUAACAAUUUGAAAGAUGAUAUAGUCCUCAAUGAUGCUACAUGUUUAACUAAUCAUGAAAUUCUUGGUUUAGAACUGAUAGAGAAAUCUGAUGCUCCAUUGCUGCCCUCAUGGGCCUUGCCUACAGACAGUCUUCAGCCUCUUCAUUUUACGAGGAGAAAGAUUUCACCAGAAAACAGUGAAAGUGUUUUCCCUUUGUUAACAAAGGAGCACAAUGCUCACAGUGAAGCAAUGCAAUCACCUAACAGAGAUUUUCUGUACACCAGCAUGCCAAUUCUAACAGGCAUAGCUGUCACAGGAAACAUUACAAAUAGUACUCAAAUGGAUUUCUCGCCAAUCAAAACUAGGGAUGGAGAAGAAUUAUACUACAAAAGCAUGCCAAACUUGGUUACCCAAAACAACAUACAUCAACUUCACACAUACUAUCCUCUAGGAAGGGGAAGCAGUGAUGGAUUCAUAGUUCCAUCAAGCAAAGAUGGAACACCUUAUGAUGAAAAACCAGCUCACUUCGUCACAAGUCUAUAAAAUGUAAAAGAGGAAAUUAGUAAUGUUAACAAACUCUUUUAUGAUUUACUAUAAAAAGUAAUAUUGUGUGUGCUCCUAAAUCUUUAUGCUGUAAGACAUUUUUUAAAAUGGCAUUUUUAGUCCUGUGAACAGGAUACAAAUGUAAUGCUCUGUUUUCUGUUUUUUUUUCUAACUGUUCCAAAAAGAAUUCUUUCUUCAAGAAAUGAUGAAAGAGAAAUAAU